AUGAAAUUGAACACGGCUGCCAUGAGAUACCUCACACCCGAUGACUUUCGGGUGUUGACGGCUGCAGAAAUGGGCUCCAAGAACCACGAGGUCGUGCCCACCAAGCUCAUCACCCAAAUCGCAAAGCUCAAAUCCGUCAGUGCCACCAACAGAAGCAUUUCCGAUCUGGCCAAGGCCGGUCUGAUUGCCCGGGUCAAGAACGCCAAGUACGACGGCUACCGACUCACAUAUGGUGGCUACGAUUAUCUGGCACUCAAGGCCUUCAUCAAGCGAGAUACAGUCUUCUCCGUCGGAGCCCAGAUUGGUAUUGGUAAGGAGUCUGAUAUUGUGGCUGUCAGUGACGCCAAGGGAACUUCUCGAGUUCUCAAGAUCCACAGACUGGGUCGAAUCUCGUUCCGAACCGUCAAGAACAACCGAGAUUACCUCAAGAACAGAUCCAGUGCAUCGUGGAUGUACCUGUCUCGUCUGGCAGCUCAGAAGGAGUUUGCCUUCAUGAAGGCUCUGCACGACGAGGGCUUCGAGGUGCCCACUCCCAUCGACCAGUCGCGACAUCAGAUUGUCAUGUCUCUGAUUGACGGUUUCCCCAUGCGUCAACUGCAGGAGCACGAUGAUCCUGCUCGACUCUACCAGACCCUGAUGGACUUCAUUGUGCGCCUGGCACAGCACGGACUAAUCCAUUGCGACUUCAACGAGUUCAACAUUAUGAUCAGAGAAAACUUUGAUCGAAAGGACCCCAAGUCCGAGAUUGUCGUCAUUGAUUUCCCUCAGUGUGUGUCCAUCGACCACGUGGACGCCAAACGGUACUUUGAGCGAGACGUGGAGUGUAUCAAGCUCUUUUUCCGAAAGAAGUUGGGCUACGUGUCCAAGACCUGGCCCGAUUUCGACCGCGACGUGAAGCGAAAGGGUGAGGCUAUCGACAAGCUGGUGGGUGCAUCUGGCUUCUCCAAGAAGCAGUCCAAGGACCUGGAGGCCGCUCUGGCCCAGAGUCUGGAGGUGGACGAGAACGACGUCGACGACCAGAUCCGAGAGGACGAUGAGGAGAACGAGCAGCUUGCAGAGGACGCUGAGAUGAUCGAGGAUGCUGAUCAGGAGGAGCACGACAUUGAGGAGGAGGAAGACGACGAGGAAGACGAGGAAGAAGAAGAGGAGGAGGAGGAAGAAGAGGAGGAAGAAGAGGAGGAUCCCCUCGAGAAGGCCAUUGCUGAGCGAGGCAUUGAGAACCUCAAGAUGGACAAGUUGGGUAACUACAUUUUGGAUUAA